AUGGAUAAUCUUCAGUUUUGGGCAGAAAGUAUAAGAUUGUCCAGUAAAUCCAUAUCGAGUGAGGAGGAUUUUCUCCAAAAUGAAAUACCAACAAUACAUACAGGGAGAGAGGAAAGACUCGACUUAGAUUUUGAGGCACAACAUGAAAUUGUAGCAAAAGAUGAAGGUGAAUUUCAGAUUGAUAUUACUGAAGAAUUUUCCACUGAUAUGAUAUUUAAUUCUCGAGAAUCACUAAUCGAAUGGGUUCAAACUCUUGGACGUAAUCUUGGAUUUGUAAUUAUUAUAAGGUCGGAAAUUGGAGGAUUUGGAAAGCGACACAAAUUAAUUUUACAAUGUGAGCAUAGUGGUCACUACGUACCAAAAAGAAAGCCUACAAAAGUUACUGGAUCAAAGCGAUGUGGCUGUCCAUUUACACUUAAGGGGAUUAAAUUGAAGACAGAUGAUGACUGGAUGGUCUCGGAUUCUAUUCCGUCUAUUAGAGCAACCACAAUAGUGGUUUUUUUGUUGGGACAGCCAAAUGUAUUGGAAGACGUGUUUUGCUGA